AUGGAAGAGCCAACGGAUUUAAACAAUACUGUAUCACCACCGGUAUGCGGCUAUAAUAUCGCAAGCGCCGAUGGAAAACCGAUUCAGAACGUACGAGUUGGUGAUAGAGUGAAGCAUGAGUGGUCAUAAGUUUACUCGAUGUUGGUUCACUCCUGCUUCGUCGAAGAUGGUGCUGGUCAGCGAUACGAAGUGGUUGACGAGAAU